GGCGGCGCUCGGCUCUAAUCUCCCCGGAGGAAGCGAGGAAGGGAAAGAACCAAGAGCCCGAGAACCGACUCGCACCGGCGGCAGCAAACCCAGAGCAACUUACCCUCCCCUGCCCCCCCUCCAUCCCGGUGACAUCGGUCCUGCUGGAAGUAUUGUGGGUUCGAACGCGCGGCGGCUGGAGUGACGGAGUGUGCCGAGAAUUUGAAUUAGCUCGCCGUUAGUUUGAAGAAAGAGAGAGAGCGAGCGAGAGAGAGAGAGGGAUAGAGCGAGAGAAAGAGAGAGAGGAGCCAUUUUGUCCCGACUGAGUGGGAGCAGAGAACUAGUGGAAAAGAGGAAUCACACGGGAGGAGUGGUUCGGGCUCCUUUUUUAUUUUGUUGGCUUUCUGUUCUCCUGCUGUGAAGCGACAGGGGGGGGGCAACGGUCUGGCCCGCGGGGAAUCGAACACAUCGGGACACGGGCCGCUGCUUUGGUAUUUAAGCCACAACUAGCCCCCGCCGAGCUAAUCAACACAUCCCAGAUCGGUUCGCUGCUGAACGGUCCGGAGGAACGAAAGGGAGCCGGCUGUAGACUCCACUCGGGCGUGUUAGGCUGCCAUUUUUGUUUUGUUUUAGUUGUGUUGCCCCUUUUUUGUUGUUGUAUCCACCCGGGUGAACACACGCUAGUUCUCAAUGGCGAAGAAGACGUACGACUUGCUGUUCAAGCUGCUCCUGAUCGGGGACUCGGGCGUGGGGAAGACCUGCGUGCUGUUCCGCUUCUCCGACGACGCCUUCAACACAACCUUCAUCUCCACCAUAGGAAUAGACUUCAAGAUCAAGACUGUGGAAUUACAAGGAAAGAAGAUCAAACUACAGAUCUGGGACACAGCCGGUCAGGAGCGGUUCCACACCAUCACCACCUCCUACUACAGAGGAGCCAUGGGCAUUAUGCUGGUCUACGACAUCACCAACGCCAAGAGCUUCGAGAACAUCAGCAAAUGGCUGCGCAACAUUGACGAGCAUGCAAAUGAGGACGUUGAGAGGAUGCUGCUAGGCAACAAGUGUGACAUGGAGGACAAGAGGGUCGUACCAAAAGCCAAGGGGGAGCAGAUCGCGAGGGAGCACGGCAUUAGGUUUUUUGAGACGAGCGCCAAGGCCAACGUCAGCAUCGAGAAGGCCUUCCUCACGUUAGCAGAAGACAUCCUCAGAAAGACGCCUGUAAAAGAGCCCAACAGUGAAAACGUGGACAUCAGCAGCGGAGGUGGAGUCACAGGCUGGAAGAGCAAGUGCUGCAGUUGAACAACUCCUCUGAUUCACGCACACUAACGCACACAGACACUCACACGGACACACACACUCUUUCUCUCUCUCUCUCUCCCUCUCUCCCUCUAACUGCUAACUCUAACUCUCUCGCCCUCUAACCUGUCUCAUGAGUUCUUCUUGCACACUGACACUCGUCUCUUUUAUCAGAAUAAAACAAUAAACCACUUCACUUGUUAACCCCUCCACCCUUCCUCCUCCUCCUCCUCCUCCUCCUCCUCCUCUUCACCCCCCCCACCAUAACCACCUCCUCCCACCUCCAUGUUUUUCCAUCUGAUGCUCAUUUUUAUUUCUGAUAAAAAGAGAAAUCCAGUCACGUUUCUUGUCAUUUGUUUUAAAGGUUGUUAAAAAAAAAAUUUAAUAAAAAGAGUGCGAGAAGACAAGCUCAUUUUUUAAUAUUUCCUUUGCCUGAGCUCACCUGGUCGGACCCCCCCCCCCACCCUAACUCCCCUUCCCCCACCCCCUAACCCUCAGCACUCACCUUCAGUCAGAGGAAAUUAAAAAUACAUAAAAAAAUACAAAAAAAGACUAAGACAAACGUAGGAUUAACAUUUUGUACAUUCAGUGAGGUUUCUGUUGUCUAACCAUAUUCGGUCAUUUACAAUUUGUUACCAAGUGACGGAGGCGUGGCCAGCUCCUUUUGUAUGUGGGGGUUUAUUUUGUCCUGUGCCUUAUAUGGAAGACAGGGGCGGGGCUGUGUGGUGGGCGGAUCCACAUCCACCCAAUGAAAUUACAGUUUAAUAUUCUGUCGGGUUCACGGAGACGCCGAACCGAAGCGGAAACGUUUGAAUUUCUCCUCCAGCCAAGAGAACGGCAUUAUACAGUAUAUGUCCUGUUUAUUGAUGUUUUAUUUUGUCUGUAUGAUUUUAUUUUACUUUUUAUUUUCUUCCCUUUUAUUUGGGUUGAAUUGUUUAUUUUUUUUUUCCUGCAUGCAGAUUUCUUUGGGUUGGAAGCGUUUCUGUAACGUUGUGUAACGUUUGCCACUGGGUAACUGUGGGGGGGGAGGGAGGUACACAAGUUCUCUUUGGAAAUUCAGACAAUUUUGCAGAUCCAUUAAAAAUAAGCUUGUUUAAGUUAA